AUGUCACCAAGGUUGCUACCAGUUGCUUGCUGUACUGGAUGUGAAGAGAAGCACCGGAAAGCCAACAAGAGCUACACGGUGAAAAAGAUGCUAGCGAAUGAUGCUGCCGUGAUACCAACAUCAUUUAUAGGCCGUAUCAGUGCUCGUACCAGCCUUAUUUCAACCAGAGAUUACAAAACUACGGUGCAACUAUUAGAUGAUAACGAAACGAUCUGUCAAGAAUUCAAGAAGACAUCGAACGCCCAGUUUAUAUUAGAUUACGUGUGCGAAUGUUUGAAUAUUGUCGAAAAGGACUACUUUGGACUACGAUAUCAGGACCUUAGUAGACACAGGUACUGGAUGGAUCUCAACAAACAAAUAUGUAAACAAGUACGAGGUCCUAAUAUAUCUUUGCGGUUUCGCGUGAGGUUCUAUCCAUCGGAUGUGAGUAUAUUAAAAGAAGAAAUAACUCGAUAUAUGUUAUUUGUGCAGUUGCAAAGAGACCUCCUUCAUGGACGUUUGUACUGUCCCCAGAAUGAAGCAGCUGUACUGGGUGCGCUGGCUCUGCAAUCCAUAAUCGGUGAUUAUGAUGCAGAAGAGAGACCGGAAAAUUACGUUGCUGAAUACAAGUUACUUUUAAAGCAAACCGAAAAACUUGAAGAAAAGAUUGCUGAAUCUCACAAAUUGUUCAAAGGGCUUACUCCGGCAGAAGCGGAAAUGGAAUUUUUGAAGCGAGCAUCCAAACUAGACACUUACGGAUUUGAUCCAUAUACCGUCAUGAAUAAGCAAAAACAAACAAUGUACAUCGGAGUUACAUAUCGCGGUAUCUAUAUUUACCAUAUCAGUCGAAUGAUCCACCACAUCACAUGGAAUGAACUAGAUAAAGUAGAUUAUAUCGGGAAAGAGAUUAUGAUAACACCGGUGUCAUCUUACAUAUCGCCUUACUUAUCGUUUUCUGAGGAUGCUGAAGGAUUUAUUAAGCCCCAUAAACCGACAUGUGUGCUGAAAUUCCACUGUCCAUCAGCAAUGUUUGCGAAACAUCUUUGGCGUCAUAUUUUGUCACAACAAGCUUUUUUUACUGAAAAUGAAGCCAAGCAUAUUAAACCAAAGUUUUCGAAGCCGCGCAUACCCUUGCUAACUCGUGGUUCAACAUUUCGUUUUCCAACGUCAAGAGUCCUGCACGAAAUUGAAGUAGAAGGGCCUGGCAAACGCGAUGGACCUCAACCAAUAUUUACCAGAUAUCCGCUGCUCCGCCAAGUACCGCGACAACAUUUCUGCGAUAUCAAUAAUAAAUAUAACUCACUUCCAGUUGUUCGCAAUGAAGGGAAAAUCUCUGAAGAGUUUCCAGUGAUACCGGAAAAUGUGGAGGAAGAAAAGGCAAUAAGAUCACCCUCAAACAGUGCUAUGAUGAGUGCAGUGGAUUUAUUACCAACAGCCGAAACUUCAGCCGCUGCCGUUUCUGGUUCCGAAAAUACGUUUGGAACCUCUGAUUCUGGAGUGCAGUCGCCAGGUAAAGGCUCCUUUGAACAGAUGUUAGAUGCGGUGAAGCCAUUAUGUGCCAGUACCCCUACUGAAAAUCCUAGUCCUGAUCCCUGUACAAUUUUUACAACGACAACGAUGACGAAAAUAGAUAAUGUUGGAUGCGGCAUUAAUAGACAUAAAAGUCUCGAAAAAGUACAUGAUGAUAAUAUCCCUGCCACCAGCUCCCAACUUUUAAAUGAACUGAGACCUAUCUCAAAGCGUCCUACCACUUCGGUUACUGCAUAUGUCGCCAAAAUAUUCUUCUCAUUAUUGUUGUUUUGGCUUCUAUUAACUGCCGUCGCUAUCUCUCUAUUUGAGCGCGAUUCACCAUGGUUAGACUCUAUACCAGCCUUGGAUUCAGUGAGGCACGUGUUAUAUGAGCCGCUGCGGCAUUAUAUUUUGGCCCUGUAUGUUCGUCUAGCACAUCACUGA